CAAGCCUAAAACGCAAAAGAAGCGUUCCCUCACUGAGAUUCUCAACGUGGCGCCGCAAAUCGACACUGGAAACUGUGACGCACCGGUGGAUGCUACAGUAGAUGAAGAAGAAGAUAACAUGGAACGUGGCGCAGGUAAGAGAAAGAAGAAUACAAAGAAGAACGCAAAGAAGAAAAAGAAGAAGAUAAUGGUGAAGAAGAAAAGCAAGGUUCAAAAGCGCGUUUGCCUUGUACCUCUGAGCACUAAGAGUAAGAUGGUGAAAAUGAAGAAGCCGAAGAAAAAGAAAAGGAAGAAUAAGAAGAAUUUGUUCAACGACGAGUUCGCUGCAACGAAGGAAGAUGCAUCUAAGAGCAAGGUGCAAAGGUCAGCAACAAGAUCCACAAAACUAAAAGGAGUAGAUGUUGAAGUUGAUGUCAUUGAUGCUUCUCUUACCCAUGAAAAGAAAUUGGAUUUGAAGAUAUUACCAGAAGAAAAGAAGGAACAAGUAAGUUGUGACUCAGUUGAAAAGCUACAAAAAGCAGUGUCUCCCAUUCGUGGCAUACUCAAGAAUCACAAACAUAUCUCUCGAAAUACUUCAAGUGGUGGUUGCAAUGUUCAAGAAGGUACCGAAGAAGAAAGCCACUGUGAUAUGCAAGUGCCAACUUCAGACAAGCAUGUGAGAUUCUCUGAGUCUUCAUUUGCAAAUGAGCAUUGCUCUGAAAGUGAGGCUGAGGCAACUCGGAAUUUGGAGGCCAAAAAAAAUGAUGACAAUAAUGCCAUUAACAAAGACAAAGGCAAGGAGGUUUGCCCUAUUGCUGAAAGUAAACAGUUUUGCAAUGCUCUUGGUCAAGUUGCAGCACAGAAUUUCUUGCAGCCAUGUACCAGUCAAGAGAAAUCAAAGCACAUUUCAGAGAAGGGUCAAUCAUCACCAUCCAACGUGGCAUUCCAUGACAAGUCUGAUAGAGUCAACACAACUCCACUGCAUUGUUCUCCAUAUGCUGACGCUCCUAGAUCUCUUCCUGCAGUUCAAACAGGACAGGUUUCUGGUGUAAAUACGCAAGUGCCUGAAUCUGAAGCUUUCAUUUCCACUAGAAAAUUCGUGGAUCAUAUGGAGGAUAGGACUAUUAAAUCUGCCACUACGAACGUGAACUCUAACUCGAAUUCAAAUACAAGGACAUUUUUGGGGCCUUCAUCCUCGUAUUCUACUUCGUUUAACAAAGCAAAUGAGAGGCCUGAAUUUCAACCGCAUAAUUAUGGCGACAAUGGUAAUAAUGGCAAAGCUUUAAGUAGCAGACCAUCAUUUAGCAUCUUUAAUGCAGAUAUGACUGAUAACUCGAACCAGUUUCUUGGCCAGGGAAAAGCAAAUGCAAGAGAAAAUCUCAUGGACCAGAACUUUAUUGGUUUGCCACUCAAUUCUCACGGUGAGCUGAUCAAUUUCAGUUCCAAUUCCAUCAGCGGAAAAGCAGUGAUGAAUCAACAACCGGAUAAAUCAUGCAUAUUAAAAGGUUACUUUAAUGCACCUAUGAAAGAAACUUCCCAUCAAAAUAGCCAACAACAUUCAAGCAUUGGUGCGAGGAAUGUGGUUCAGAAGACGGUUCAAGAUAGGCUAAAUCCAUUUCCACAUUACCCAGCCAGGUUAGGUGUUACAGAGUUACAUGGAAGUAGCCGAACAAACAUCUUCCAGCAAAAUUCUGAUAGUAGGAGUUCCGGUCACUUUGUUCAGCUGCUUGAUUCGGGUUUGAAUCUUGCCAGAUCCUAUCCCGUCGAACGCGACAAGACGCCUAACUACAUGGGAAAUGGAAUGAUUUAUCCAAAAGAAAGUUCAGGACCUAUUGCACCGAGUGCUGGACCUUCCCGCCAACCAACAAUGAGAUUGAUGGGUAAAGAUGUUCUAAUUGGUGGGAGCAACAAAGAGAAACAAACAUUUGUGAGAGGUGAAGAAUCCAGAAGGAGGCAUUAUCCUGAGCAUCAUGCUGCUACGGACAAUUCUUUAUUGGGAAGAUGCUCUAAGCUGGAUCGGGCUUCUGGUUCACAUUCAUCACAAACACCACCUGAGAAUGUGUUAAUUCAAAGUAACCCAUCAUUACAAGGCACUGUUUUGAUGACUGGUACAGGCUCUGGAUUUCUUCAAAGUAAUCAUGUAUGCCAACAAGGAAACCUUGGACUCAACAAAAAUAUUGCUAGUUCUAAUUUGCAGUGGCAAUCUACGUCUGGUGCCAAACCAAAAUCACACAUCAGCUUUAAGUCUCAAGUACUACCAUCUCCUCAGCAUACUCCUUUACCCCAACUUGAGCUGAAUGACAGGAAUAAGCACCAUCAUCAUGCUUCGAGUUCAGCAUCCGAAUUUCCUUUAAUGCACCAAGGUGUUGAAGAACAGGCAAAAAUAUCAUUGUUUCAGAGGCAAAGUGCUACUUUUGCAACUUUCCCACCAUGGUUGUUAGGUCCAACAGAAAGGCUUCCAGGGACCUCUGCUACUAGAAGCUUUCCUCAAGAUACAAGGGGAAACAAUUUCACUACACCGGCCGGGAACCAUUCAGCAGAAUUUCGGUAUCCUCCUGAUCCUGGUCCACCACCAAUUGUUGCUCAACCUCCAUAUAUUCCAGUUACUCCCCUUAACAAAUCACCACACUCUGCAGUAAAUAGUGGAUUUAUAAACAUACCUCAGGUCGCUGACAGAGUGAAUCCGAAUGGUAUCAUGACUACUACCAAUGACCAUAAUCAUCAUCCAUACACAAACACCAGGAAAAGACCAGCUUCUAAUUUCAUUGAUCUUAUAAGGCCUAACAAGUUACAAAAUAUAGCAGUGCAAGGAAACUCAUUUGGCCGCAUGAUCGGUUCAACCGGAGGAAGCUCAAGUGCAGGGUUGCAAAGAAAUGCAGGAGCUGUUGAACUUGGUUCCCAAUUGAAUGGUGCAAUAUACUCAAGACAGAAUCAAACUCAGAAUCUGAACCCUGCAAGUCAUAUUGGUGCUAAUUCCAUUCUAAGACCCUCUCAGAACAUGGAUCAGAACUAUACAAGAACAAUGAAUUCUUCUGCCAUUCCAAAUACUGCGACAACUGACUGUGAUAGAGAUCUUGAACUUCGGAGGAGACUUACAAAAAUGCAUAGGUUUUAGGCCUAAAUCAACAUUUUAUGGUAUCAGGUUCUUUUUCUUUUUCCUUUUUUUUUUCAUUAUAGUAUAUCCAAUGAAACAUUAUUUAUCAGUUCUAUAUUUAGAUAUUCAUCUUCAUUCAAAGUAUUAUUCCUUCAUGUUAGCUUUUAUUGCAAAGACAACAAUUUAUCUUAUUUUGCGAAUUCCAUGUUGGU